UUAGUUUUCGUUGUACUCUCAUUGUCUCUCUCUUUCUCUUGCUCGCGGCGAGCUGCCAUUUGAGGACCUCUCCGAAGCUUAGAAGCUCAACAGCCUCUACUCGAAGCCUCGUUGAGCUGCAUUAGGGUUUCCGCUUGAUGGCCGAGCAUGAUGAGGAGCUCUUUUUGGAGGAGGGCAUGGAGAAUGAUGAGCAUAAACGGAAAAACUCUGAUGGUGAGGAUGAUAGUGAGGAGGAUGAAGAUUGGGAAGCGGUUAAUGGGGAAAGCCAUGGGCUUUCUCUUCCUCAAAACAUCUCUAGUUCCUUUUACUCUCGCCAGUGGCCGCAGAGUUAUAGGGAAUCAAUUGAUUCAUAUACUAUCUCCGCGUCUCCUAAUUUUGGUACUCUCCGGAGGACACAAAGCAUUAACUAUUCAAGUCAAGAUGUAGGCAGCCAAAAUGGGGAAGAUUUAGGAAUUCAGUCUCCUCUCCUGUCUGGGAGUUCAUUGCCUAAGCAAGAGUCUGAUAAGAACUUGAGGUGCCUAUCAGUGAAAGAUGAGGUUAUCUCUUCUGGUUUGGAAUUCUCUGGAGAAAAAUGUGUUCAUCAUGGAUGUAGCUUUAUUCAGACUGUUUUCAAUGGGGUUAAUGUAUUGGCAGGUGUUGGAGUUCUUUCGACUUCCUUCACAAUCAAAGAGGCUGGUUGGGCUAGUUUAGCACUCUUACUCCUUUUUGCAGUUCUUUGUUGUUAUACAGGCAUCCUCAUGAAACAUUGCUUUGAGAGUAAAGAAGGCAUCUUUACCUACCCAGAUAUCGGUGAAGCUGCCUUUGGGAGAUAUGGGCGUGUCUUCAUCUCUGCUGUUUUGUAUGUAGACUUAUAUUCAUAUUGCGUAGAAUUUAUUAUAUUAGAAGGUGAUAAUCUCACAAGGUUAUUUCCUGGGGCCUCUCUUGAUUUUGCUGGGAUGCAUCUCGAGUCUUUGCACUUAUUUGGGUUGGUCACUGCUUUGAUUGUUUUACCAACUGUUUGGCUGCGGGAUCUCAGAAUGCUCUCUUACCUUUCAGCUGGCGGAGUGAUAGCCACUCUUGUGGUUGUCUUUUCUGUCAUUUUUGUUGGUACUACAGAUGGGAUUGGGUUCCAUCAAACUGGUGAAUUGGUUAAGUGGCGUGGUCUCCCUCUUGCUGUUGGUGUAUAUGGCUUUUGCUGCUCUGCUCACACAGUCUUUCCAAAUAUGUACCACUCAAUGUCUGAUCCUAGGAAAUUCACUGAGGCAUUGAUAAUCUGUUUUAUUAUUUGUACAUUAAUAUAUGGCUGUGGUGCGGCAUUUGGGUAUCUCAUGUUUGGGGAAGAUACUUUAUCUCAGAUCACAUUAAAUCUUCCAAAGAAUUCAAUAGCCUCUAAAAUUGCUGUAUGGACAACAGUGAUCAAUCCAUUUAUGAAAUAUUCUUUGCUGCUUAGUCCAUUAGCAAGGAGUUUAGAAGAGCUUCUUCCUGCGACAUAUGCCAAUAAACCCUGGUGCUUCAUUCUCUUAAGAAGUGUGCUUGUAAUUUCAACUGUAUGUGUAGCUUUUCUUCUGCCAUUUUUUGGUCUGUUGAUGGCUCUCAUUGGUUCUCUAUUCAGCAUACUUGUGGCGGUUAUAAUGCCUGCAUUGUGCUUCUUGAAGAUAGUUGGGAACAGAGCUACAUCUUUGCAGGUUAAAUUGAGUGUUUUGGUUGCUGUGGUCGGUAUCGUCAGCGCAAUCCUGGGAACAUACUCAUCUGUGUCGCAAAUCGCAAGCAAAUAUUGAAGCACAAGUUGUUCAAUGGACAAGCUUUUAGUGUUUUGGAGUGACAAAGCUUGGCCAAGUGAAAAUGUACCUUUGCUUAUUUAUUAAAAGUUAACAACAAGUUUCUGAGAUGAAAUCCUUUCUGAUUACCUUCGCUUUUUAAAAUCAUUUCCAGAGUGUUUAUCUUUGUGUUUGUGUGUGUGUUCAGUUUUGGUUCUUAUUUGGAAUGAGAACUCUAUGAAUAAAUAAAAAGCUUU